AUGAGUGUUGAAGUUGACGAUUUUGGCGAAGAUUUGCUAGUUGAAACUAUUCUUACAAUGUGCAGAGUUUGUGAAGCAUCAAAUGUAUAUGUUGAUAUGUUGGAUAAUGAUCAUAAGCUUGCGCUAAAAUUUCAAGACGUAACUGGUGUCGCGGUUUCAGAUAAUGCUGGAUUACCGACAACUUUAUGCAAGGAUUGCGCUAAACAAUUGGAGAUUAGCUUUGAUUUCAAGAGGAAAUGUAAAGAAUCUGAAGCAAAGUGGCGUAAAAUAUUGUUGGGUGAUCAAGUUAACAUAACCGAGGAUGAACCAGAGCCGGCAUUGAUCAAGGAAGUAAAAGAAGAACCUUAUUCAGAUUCAGAAGAGGAGGAGGAUACGAGCAAUGAUGAAUGUGAAACACUGGUAGGUAUUCCUAAGAAAACCGGUGUUCAAAAAGUAAGUUACGAGAUUAAGAAUAUAGGCGGUGCAAAGUUUGAAUGUGGAACGUGCCAUGCCAAGUUCAACGAUAAAAAUGACUAUAGUAAGCAUAUUAAAAUACACGGUAGAAAACGAUUUCAAUGUUCACAGUGCUCGAAAUGGUUUCAAUACAAAUAUCUUUUGAUUUGUCAUCAGAAUGAAAGGUGUGGUGAAAAUGCUGUUAAGUAUAACUGUGAGUUUUGCCUUCAGUGGUAUUCUAACCGGAACAAUCUCAAGCGUCACAUUUCAGAAAGACAUGAAGGUCUCAAGCCCUUCAAAUGCGAAACUUGUGGGAAAUCCUUCAGUCAAAAAACAGUUUUAGCAUCCCACCGUUUGGUUCAUAUAAACUCAUACGAGUUUCGUUGCGAUGAGUGUCCAAAAAAAUUCAAACUGGAGAAACAGCUUUACCAACAUAAGCAAAUCCAUUUACCGGUAGAACAGCGUGAUCCAGCAUUUAUUGCGAAGCCACCUCGCAACCAAGUGAGGAUUAGUGUUUGUUCAUAUUGUGGAAAAAUAUCAAAAUCUAUUGCUUCUCACUAUAAUCAUAUAAGAACGCACACAAACGAAAUGCCAUAUGCUUGCAAAUCCUGUCCAAAAAAGUUCAGGUGUAAAACAGGACUUACAUGUCACGAGCUGAUUCAUAGUGAUCAAAAGCCACACAAAUGUAACACCUGUGGCGCGAGUUUCAGACAGUUAGCACACUUGAAAACUCACAAUUUGCUGCGACAUAUCAAAGUUAAAAAAUUUGCUUGUGUUAUUUGUUCUAAGCUCUUCGCUUUGAAAGGACUUCUUACGCAACAUAUGAGAACUCAUAAAGACCAUCGGUCAAGUGUGGAUACGUCUGACCAUGAUGAUUCAUAG